AUGACAAUGGCAGCAUCCAGCGAGUCCAAGCCGGUGUCCGACAUGGCCGCGGACGAGGUUAGUGGAGAACAUCACUAUCUCUGCCACCAGCUGACUGAAUUGCUGCAGCAGGAGCUGCAUACGAGCUACAGAGUCUUCGAUGUUGCCGAGCUUCUCGAGCGCGUGCUGUUGCACGUUCCAAAUCAAGAUCUUCUCAUCAGCGUGCCUCUAGUCUGCAAGUCUGCAAGGCGUGGAAGCAGAUGA